AUGAAGCCAUCUACCCUUUUCCACGUCGCCCUCGCCUUAGUCAGCACCGUCGAUGCUGCUCCUGUGCCCGAGGAGGGCGUAACGAGCGUUGACCGGGCCGACCGCCCUAUUCAGUGGCUUAAGCGCGAAGACGCACCCGCCAGCGUUGACCGGGCUGAUCGGCCUAUUCAGUGGCUCAAGCGCGAAGACGCACCUGCCAGCGUUGAUGACGCUACCGUUGACCGUGUCAACCGCAUCAUCGUCUGGUAA